AUGAGUUGUUUCAAACUCCCUAAGGGGUUGGUGAAAGAGUUGGAGGUUUUGAUUAGAAAAUUUUUGUCGGGAUAUAAUGGGGAUAGUAGAAAGGUUCAUUGGGUGAAUUGGAAGCGCUUAUGUGAGGCCAAAGAAGUUGGGGGUUUGGGCUUCAAAGAGAUUGAGAAGUUUAUUGACUCAUUAUUGGAUAAGCAGGUGUGGCGCAUGAUAAACAACCCAAACUCCCUUUGCCACAGGGUAUUCAAAGCAAGAUUUUUCCCAGAUUGCUCAAUCCUAGAUGACAAAGUCUCUACCAUUGGUUCAUAUGCAUGGAAGAGUAUUCUAGGAGCUAGAGAUGUGAUCCGUAGGGGUAUGGUGUGGAGGAUAGGGAAUGGGCAAGAUGUGAGAAUAAAAGAGGACAGAUGGCUUCCGAUUAAAUCCAAUAGAACUGCUAUAUCACCCUUUACUUCAGUCCAGCCCGACACAAAGGUGUGCUCUUUGAUCAAUCAUGAAUUAGGAAUGUGGAAAUCUGACGUGGUGGAAAGGCUUUUCCUCCCCCAUGAAGCUUCCUUGAUUUUGGGAAUCCCUCUGAGUCUUCGAAUGCCUCCUGAUGAUAUUACAUGGGGUUUAACCCUAAUGGUGAAGGACAAUUUCAGAAAGGAGAUUUUUAUAAUGACAGCAUGGACAAUAUGGAACCGUCGAAACGCUCUGAAAUUUGGGCGUCCAACGAUACCGGUAGCCAACAUCAUCCCAAGAGCAGGUUCUCUUCUUCAGGAGUUCGUGUCAGCUCAAGAAGUUCUAGACGAGUCCCCAUCUGUUGCGGUCUCAUCUCAGUGGCAACCUCCGGAGUUCCCAUACUACAAAGUCAAGUUCGAUGUGGUGGUUUUCAAAGCAAGCUCCUCAGCUAGGAUUGGCGUGAUCAUCCGAGACAGCAGUGGCAAUGCAAUUGGUGCUCUCUUAGUCCCAACCCCACUCUCUAAUUCAAUUGCAGCUGUCAUCCAAGGCAAUUCAAUGUCAGCGGAGUAUGGAAACAUUAUUGAAGAUAUCAGGAUUCUAGCUGCUGAUUUUGAUUUUAUUCAUUUCAUUCAUGUCAAACGCAACUGUAAUGUAGUUGCUGAUGCUCUCGCCAAGAAGGCUAAAGUUUUACCGGACCUAGUUGUUUGGCUAGAGGAUGUACCAGAGGACAUUGCUCCUCUCCUUUUGUUUGAUGUUCCUUAA